AUGAACUGUACCACUGCAAUCCAAAUGGGAGUACAGGCACUACCUUCAUUCAAACUGAAUCCAAUCGCCCUUUUUUUGCCCAAUUCUCGGAAAACUGGAAGUGGGAUGAUGAGCGUAACAAUGAGAGACAGAAGCAAGAACAGAAAGCCCCUUCAAAGGGGAAGGAAUCUCAGCAUUGAAGCCAUCCAGACAGUUCAGGCACUGAAGCGGGCAGUCAGCUCUGAGGUGCUGCUGGAGCAAGUAUUUGAUACCAAAUUCAGGCGUUUGCUAAAGCUUGAUAUGAUUGCAGUCCUUCGUGAACUUCUUCGCCAGAACCAAUGCCUUUUGGCCCUCAAGGUUUUUAAGGAUGUCCGGAAUGAGUACUGGUAUAAGCCUCAAGUCUCUUUGUAUGCUGAAAUGGUCACAGUUCUGGGACACAAUGGGCUGCUCGAAAAGGUUGAAUUUCUUGUCAUGGAAUUGAAAUCAGAAAGUAAUUUAGAGCCAGAUGUUGAGAGCUUCAAUGCGUUGCUGGAAAGUUUGAUGAAUUUGAAACUCACUGGAUUAGCAAUGGAGUGCUUUUACUUGAUGAAAUCAUUGUCAUGCGAUCCGGACAGUUUUGAAGAUAAAGAUGUGGGAGGGAGGUGGGUAAAAUUUUCCCUUGGGGAAUCUGUUGAGGAUACAACAAGAUUGUCUUGGCAAUCUUUGGUUGUAGUCUCUGGGCUAUAUGGGCCGUGGCAAGCCAGAGUGAGAUGGAGUCGCAGUGGGAUCAGGUGGAGACAUCCAAGUGAGGGUAAAUUGAAGCUCGUGCAGCAGUCCAUAGUGAACAAUGUGUUAUUGGAUUAUGGGUAG